AUGAGCUCCGGUAGUUCGUCGUCAAAUUCUCAAAGACGCAGAGCAACAGUUGACAUUCCUAAUCGAUGUUGGUGUGGGUCAAAUCUGACUACCUUUGGUGCGAAGACAAAAGAAAACCUCUUCCGCCGUUUCUACAGAUGUGAAAUUGGCGUCAAGCUUCACGAAGAUGUCCAAUCUUUCAAGAACACUACCACACUUCAUCUUCAAGAGCAGGCUAAAUACGUUGAGGACUCCUUGCUGGAGAUGAAAAGAAUUAUCCAAAACCAAACACUCCAGCUUUCUGAAUUCAGGAGAUACUCCACUCAAGACAACGACACUGCAGUAGUUGAUGCAACUUUGGAGUCACUCAAUAAUGGGUCUUUUAUUACCAAAGCACAGUCCCCAUUCAUCAACAUUGCUGCUGCUGCUAUUGCUCUAGGAACCAUGGCAUGGUUGUAUGCAAAAACAAGCACUUGA